CUCUCACAAGCCGAAGCGGAUCCCAGGAAAAUGGCGUCGACUGUAGGUUCUGAAGCUGAUACGGGCGCAACCGGCCCACAAAAGCAAACGAUAGGCCAAAGGCUUGGAGAGUUUGCUACGUUUGUGUGGAACCCAGAAACAUCGGAAUGUCUUGGCCGCACCGGUUUGAGUUGGGCCAAGAUUAUCCUGUUCUACGUGAUCUACUAUAUCUGUCUGGCUGGCUUCUGGAUUGCUAUGAUAGCCGUGUUCUAUCAGACAAUUGAUUGGGACUACCCCAGGUUAUCUGGAGAGGACAGCCUUCUGAGAGAUAAUCCAGGCCUAGGAUUUCGCCCCCUUCCUGAUGUGAAGACCACACUGAUACGCUUCAUCAAGGGCAAGCCUUCCACAUAUAAACCCUACACAGAUCAUAUUGAGGCCUUCCUCAAAUUCUAUGAAAAUGCUGGACAGGUGGGUGAAAACGUCAUGGACUGCUCCAGUAUCCCUAAUUACAGAGAGAAGAAAGACUGGAACAAAGUCUGCAAGUUUGAUCUGAGUCGUGACUUGGGACAGGGCAAUCCCUGCAUCAAACAGGACGACUUUGGGUACGACGACGGUCAGCCAUGUGUGCUCAUCAAGCUAAACAAGAUCUACAAUUGGAUGCCACAGAAGUAUGAGAAUGGGUCAAUCCCAGGUGAAGUGGGUGGAGGCUACAUGGAUAAUGCUGUCAAUAUCAGGUGUACUGGAGAGAACCCAUCGGACCAGGAAAAUAUUGGGAAUGUGGCAUAUUACCCUCCAGAAGGAUUCCACUUCAAGUAUUUCCCCUUUCUCAACCAGCAAGGAUAUCGCCAGCCAAUCAUGUUUGCACAGUUCACGAAUGUAACCAAUGGCGUUGUCAUCAUGGUCCGCUGCCGUGCUUUCGCAAAGAACAUUGCCUAUGAUACCAACGAGAGAGCAGGCAGCGUGCAUUUUGAGCUUAUGGUUGACUAACGUAAAGCCACUAGCUAGUUCUAUCUGAUUAUGUAGUGUUUUAUAUAGAAAUCUCACAAAUGUAUAAAUAUGUCGGGUCUCCCUGUGUACAGUUGCAUCUUGUCUUCACCACACUCAUGCUUUUUUCUCAGUUUGCUGUUUUCAGGCUUGAAUUUUGUAGCUGACCUUUGUUUUUUUAUAUCCCCCAUGUUGUGAAAGUGGUAUGGUCCUGUUAAGGAUUUGUCCAUUAUUCUGAAAGGGGGUGGUCCAGUAAACUUGUCAGCUGUAACAUUCAGGCUUGGUGUACAUAGAGAUGACCCGACUUAUUAAAGCUAAAUAGCUGUCUUCAAAUUGUCCUACAGUUUGGAGUUGUUGAAAAUGCAUUUAAUAUCAGCUUUGAGAAUCAGUGUUGAGUACAUGUAAACAUAGUAUGAUAGGUUAAGCUAUUCAGAGCUGCUCAUUGUUAUCAGCCUGCCAAAGAACAGUCUUGGAUAAUCAAGAAAGUCUAUUAAAGUUGGGAGCUGCGUUGCUGUCUGUAUCUGCUUUCGGUCUUGCUUGUUGUAGCAGGUUUCACUUUGUUAUUAAAUACUUCUCUAUAAAUAAAGCUGCUCUAUGUAUCAGGUCACAUUUUAUAGAAAAUUAAAUCGCUUUUUAAUGAAGUGUACAUUAAUAUUACUGGAAGAAAGUAAGCGUUUCCAGCUUGACUGAUAACUGAGGCAAAUGUUCUUGAGGCAAAAAAAAAAAAAAAAAAACAUUUUACUGCACAUUUCUGUUGUAUUGUAAAGCUUUGAAGGACUCCCAGGAAUUUUUUUUUUUUUAAAGUUAUGCAAAACAAAUAUGUAAUUUUUAUUCCUCACCUUUGUCUAGUUUUCAUUAGGAAUCUGUUUUAAAUCCAUACAUUAUUGAUGAAGAUAAAUGAUGGCUUUUGUAAUACUCAGGAUCCUCUGUCAUAGUUUUGUUUUGUGCGUGUGUUUUAGCUACCCGAUUAUGUACAUGUCACGAAGGGCGUGGAUAUCCAGUAUUUGUUAGGAAUUGGAAGGAUCAACACAGACUGGAGUUGAGCAACACGGAUUGUGGGAUAUAGAUGUUACUGCUAAACCUGUCUUAAAAGCUGAGGAGAGUUUUACCUGCUUUAAAUUUAAUGUCCUUUUUAUUUUCCUAGUUGAUCCGGUGGAUUUUAGCUUGUAUGCUGGAACAUAGCCUAAAUCCUGCAGCAUUAUUAGCCUGUGUGCUGCAAAGUUGUGGGGUAGCUAGGUGGAUGGUGAACCAGUUUUACAUUGCUUGUUCCAGGCAGGCUGAAGGAUAUAUUUCAAACUAAUUGGGUGUGAAUUUAAAGUUGUAAAUGAUUGUAAAGUAGACCAAUGGUGUCCUCUUGUUCCCUGUGUGCGUGGUGUUAGAAUCCAGUGCCUGAAAUGCAACUUUUGAGAAUGAAAUGUCUGGAACCUAAUUUGUAUGUACUCAUUUCAUAAUUUAACUGUAUUGAAUUUUUUUGUAGAUAACCAUGUUAAUAUGGAAGUAUUGAACCGUCAGUUGAGGGGAACAUAUAUUUAACCAUGAUGGAAUAUGUGUAAAUUUUGACAAAAUAACAUUAUUUAGGUUCCGUUAGUGUACUUUUUAUAUGUUUUUGUAAUUCUGUUUUCUUUCUAGGUAUGUUUUGUGUCUGUUUGCAUCAUGUGAUGAACCAUUUGAUGUGAUUCCCUUAUGUUUGUGUCCAACAUUCCUCGUAUGAUGCCCAAAUUGUUUUUUUUUUGACAGGACAAAAAAAUGCCAAACAGUAUGACGCUUAGCAUAUUAAAUUUAAAACGCAAGAACAAUGGAUUGGAUCCUGGAAAAAUUGGUCGUCUUUCGUAUAUUAAAGCAGAUGAAAAAAAUGAAGUCCUGUAAGUCAAUAAACCAAGUUCUCCUUAGUGUAUCACAAAGAAUAAAUUGUGGAAGCCUAGUUUUAGGCGUUAUUUACACCUGUUGCCACAUAAUUUUAGCGCUCAAGCAAUGAUAUGUUUUUGUUCACGUGGGUGUAAUAUUGACAUUUACUGUUUGAUCCGUUGAGAAAGUGCAACUUUUUCAUGUGGUCUUGCAUGCAGAUGCGUCAUAUAUCGAGUUUUCAAUUUUUUGCCCCAAUCAGGUGAUCGUUAUAUAACGUAUUAUCACAUCCAGAGGGCAUUUUCGUCUCCAUGCAGUUCUGGUGUACCCAGUCUCUCUUAUUUUCGCUUCAUGCAGUCUUUAUUAAGCUCGCACCAGUAUUUCAUAGAACCACCAAGGUCCUCUCCUCUAUGGAAACGGUCAGAUCUCGUUAGGAAGUAUGCAAACUUAGUCAUGUCCAUUGUAUGUAGGUAUAGCUGCAGCCGUGUACCCUAGAACUUCAUGUUUACACAUAUAUAUAUAUCCCAGAUACUCGCCCGAUACGUGUUUAGCUAGGCCUAGUGAACCAGCAGUCGGAUAGAACU